AUGGAUCUCCGUCACGUCUCGUCGCGUGAGUUGAACGGCAAGAAGCUUGCCGGCUACACCAAGCGCGACAUCACAUACGAGAACCUUUCUCCCGAUGACGUUCGUCGCAUGGCUGAUGCUGGCGAAAUUGACUGCUGGGUCAUGGCUCUGCCCAAUGGUGUCUGCAAGCCUUUCGUCGACGCCAUUGAGGCCUCUAGCCACAAGGAGUCUGUCAUUGUCGAUCUGUCUGCCGACUACCGCUUUGACUCAUCGUGGACCUACGGUUUGCCCGAGCUUGUCAAGCGUAGCAAGAUCGCAGGUGCUACCCGUAUUGCCAACCCUGGAUGCUAUGCUACUGCCGCCCAGCUCGGCAUUGCUCCCCUAGUCCCUUACCUUGCCGCAGCUCCUGCAAACCCUACUGUUUUCGGUGUCUCGGGUUACUCGGGAGCAGGCACCAAGCCCAGUCCCAAGAACGACGUAGACAACCUCACCAACAACCUCAUCCCAUACAGUUUGACCGAUCACAUCCACGAGCGCGAGAUCAGCGCUCAGCUCGGACGUGAGAUUGGCUUCAUCCCUCACGUCGCUGUUUGGUUCGCUGGCAUCCACCACACCAUCUCUAUUCCUCUGGCCGAGACAAUGGCUUCUCGUGAUAUCCGUCAGCUCUACCAAGAUCGCUACAACGGGGAGAAGCUUGUCAAGGUCAUUGGCGAGAGNCCCCUUGUGAAGAACAUCUCUGGUAAGCAUGGCGUUGAGAUUGGCGGCUUUGCUGUACACAGCAGUGGCAAGCGUGUCGUUAUCAACGCCACUAUCGACAACCUGCUCAAGGGUGCCGCAACUCAGUGCCUGCAGAACAUGAACCUCGCUCUGGGCUACGCUGAGUACGAGGGUAUUCCUCUGUCAUAG